ACAUGACCCACUAAGAAUAUUUCAGGUUGACCAGUUGGAAAUAAAUAUUGUCAUUACAGUUUCAGGAGUCCUCAUGUUGAUAAAGCUUCGAUAUUCUUCAGUGUGACGGAAAACAGACUUCAGCAACAUGAGACACACUUCAGUCUGUGGUCUGCUCUUGCUGUGUGUCCACUUCUUGUUUGUGAACACAAGAUCUGCAUCUCAAAAUGUACAGUGUCAGGACGUCCCACCCACCCCAUUUUAUUUGUCAUCCGUGUUUGCAUUUAUGGAGGUUUCUCCUCCUCGGUACCUCAGUGUGGGCGACACUGUGGAGCUCAACUGUACAACAUUCAGUAUCGGUUGGAACAGAAGCGAGACCUACCUGCAUCUGGUCUGGACCAAGAUGGACCCUGGAAACAGAACCAAGACGGUCCUGGUGAGCCAACGAGGCUCUAAAGUCAUCUCCUAUAGGCUGGGCCCUGUUACCCAUGAGCACCAGGGUGUUUACAGCUGUGAUAUUGACUUAAGCUCACCUAAUGUUAAAGUUUUUGAUUGGCACCAAAUAAUCUGGGUGGCUGAUGAUUCUCCGAGAGCCUCCAUAUACAUGAUGAGCCACAACAGGAACCAGUUCCUCCCCAAUGAGAUCUUCACUGUGAGCUGCCAUCUGCCUGACGGUAACACCCACUGGAAGAUGAUGAGGUUUGACAAGUCGUUUGGGACAAUCACAGAGUGUCCCAAUCAAGUGUCUUCAGACCGCCGUCUGUCCUGCACCGUCUGUUCUGAAUAUCCCUGGUCGGAAAAACUGUACUGGUGUGAGAAUCCAGCAGGAGAGAGGAGCAACAGCCUCAACAUUAACACCGCUGCUGACAGGGUGGUCCUGGAGAGGCCAUCGCUUCCUGUGACGGAGGGGGAGGACGUGAUACUCCGCUGUUUACAUAGAAAACCAACCCAAGUAAAAUUCUCCUUCAACUUCAAUGCCACCUACUACAAGAAUGACCAGCUGAUCGGGAAUACAAUUGACAGUUUAUUUACACUGAAAGCUGUGACCAAAGCUGACGAGGGAGUCUACAAAUGUCGCCACCCGGAGGACGGAGACUCUUCUGACAGCUGGAUUACUGUUAAAGCUCGGCCCGUUGAAGACCAGAAUAAGAAGAUCACAACGUCUUAGAUGCUCCACCUCCAGGCCCAGUCACCUGCUCUCUGAUUGGUCAAUUAAACCCAACCUGCUCUCAUAACAGCAGACUUUAAUACUUUCUGUAUUUCUAUAUCUACCAGGGUUCCCACUGUUUGAAGUUUGAAGAGUUUUUCAUUCAUUUUCUGACCUAUUAGCCUAUUAACGUACAAUUAACCACAACAGCAAAUGUAAUCUGAGUGAGGGGCUAAAAUACAGUUACCCGGACAACAUCAAUUAUUUCCAGGAUAUUUUGUCAUUUUAAUCAAUUUCCAGGUGUUUCCAUGACUUGAAAACUAAUCUAAAUUUCCAGGUUUUCCAGAUAUUCCAGGAUGAGGGGGAACCCUGACCUAAAUGUGUGCAUGUUUCUGUUUAUGAAUCUGUAACACAUUACACUCAUCUAGCAAUAAAAAGAAGCAAUAAAACUGAAAAACAA